AUGUCUUUUACACGCACUGAAUGUUGCUUUAUCUCUUCCAGCGGGCCGGAACGCGCCGAAGCGAAGUCCAACGAACUUGCGUCCAAAAUCUGGUUCAAGACGCCUCCUCUCGAGAAAUCUUUCCUUGAAAGGGUCUCUCGUAUUCAGCUGCAAACUACUGCUCACGAUCAAGGCUACGCCUCGUUCCCUGACCAAGGCAGCUGGAGCUGGUUCGACGUAGCGAUCCUCGAAUCUCCCGAGUCCACGACUCCUCUCGUUCGAGAUGGACUGACCUGCCUUUGGCGCAGUCACUGCAACGUCAUCGGAUUCGGACAGGAUACAACGACUGCUGGAGAAAUCUUCGAUCAGGAAGACGACUUAUUCAAAGUCCUCCAGCCCGGGGAUGUACUUGCCGUCAUGGUCUGCGCGCGUUUCCUUGGAUGGGAGAACAAUGCCUCAAGUGGCUAUCUCGAGUUCCGCCUUGAGAAAACUGGCCACGAACUUCCCUCCUUUGAUGCGGCACAAUUCGAAGAGAAGAGGAAGAUGAACGAGCUGAAGAAACAGAUCGAGCUUCUCCUGACUGGCUAUCUGGACGAUAGGACGGAGGAGGGGGAGAAGCCUGCGUACUCGCUCGUCCGGGAGAUGAUGCUCCCCGGUGAGGCGAUUCGAGGAGAUCUUGCUCGCCAGAGAGACGGAGCCCCGCUCCGCUUGUUAUCCAUCGACGGUGGCGGCCCCUGCGACUACUUUGAUAUGAUCUGCGGUACGAGCACCGGAGGAUUGAUCGCAUUGAUGCUUGGUCGUCUUCGCAUGUCCAUCCCCCAGUGUAUUGCGGCCUACAACAAGUUCGCCUCCCAGAUCUUCGAGUGGAAUAGUGACAAGGCGACCGCCGCAAAACGAGUUGCAAGUGGUUACGCAUACGGUGCUGACACGUUUGAAUCUGCCAUCAAGGCCAUCAUCAAACAGUACAGCCCCGGGGACGAGACAAUGAUUUCCAAAUCCCCAGAUCAUUAUUGCAAGGUAUUCGUCGUCGCCGGCGAGGCUAGUAACCUAAGCAAAACCCCGGAGCAUCUUCGAACUUAUAAAUCGGCUAAAUUCGCCAACGUCGACAAGUUUCUUGACAUACCCAUCUGGCAAGCUGCCCGCGCAACAUCGGCAGCACCGACCUUCCUACCGAGCAUCACCAUCAACGGCACCGAACUGGUUGACGGGGGCCUUCUCUACAACAAUCCGAUUGCGCUGCUGCUCGGCGAGGCUUACCACGAGUUCGGAGUAGAGCGUCUCAUGAAUACGCGCUGCCUUCUAACCCUUGGCACGGGCCAUGGUCCCAAUCUCCACCUGCCACCUCGACCUGGCUUCUUCGGCAGCGUUGCAUAUCUCAAGGGAGUCGUGGAGACGAUGUCCAGCAUUGCUACGGACUGCGAGAACACGCACGAGAAAGCGAGGAAGGUGUUCCCAGAGGACAAUACGUACUGGCGCUUCAACUACGGGAUCAAGAACGGAGGGGAUUGGGAGAAGGUGCUGAAGUUGGACAAUUGGCAGGGGAUGGAAUCGUUUGCGAAGGGCACCCGUGGCUACAUAUCCAGCCCUGAGCAAACUCCUCGCGCGCAGAGGUGCGCAUCAAAGUUGGAGAUUGUAUCGUAG